AUGGACACAGCGGCUGCCGUGACUCUCCUCGCCAUGAUCGUGGCUCUGGCAGGCGCCAGCCAGGCGCUGCAUGCUCAAAACACUCCGGACGAGGUCCUGCCGAGCAGUUCGGAGGAGAAGGUUCUGGACCGCCUGCUGGAGAUGGAGAGCGAGAACACAAGCGUCGACACCUACGACCGCCUGCUGCCCUCGCUGCUCAGAGCCCUGCUGCUCGGAUCAGAGAGAGAAGCCAGAAACUCUGUUCUCCACCAACCCCAGAGAUUUGGACGCAACACCAGAGGUCAGGUACCCGAGGAGCAGAUCCAUUCCCGUAACUUUGAGGUUCCUCCUGGUCAGAUCUGGAGCAUGGCCGUGCCGCAGAGAUUCGGCAAGAAGUAA